ACACACUUGCUGCCUCAACUAAAUGAAGCAAAUGAAGCCUCCUUUUUGAAUCUCCACCGCUUUCUAGGAAAAAAAAGAAAUUGUUAUUUAUAUAUCUGGAUAACUUAUUGGAAUGCAGGGUAAAUUCACAUUAGCAGUGUGUGGUGUAUCCACCACUAAACAAUUUGCAGCAUUAGGCCGCAUGCUUUCUGUCUCAAAUCAUUUGCUGGUUGACACGCUGUGUGUGGGGGAAAGAGGACUCGUCCACUUUCUAGGAAGGCUCACACAAAUCUGACGUCCGGCCCCGGUCUUGAAGCAGAUUGUGCCAUGGAUCAUGUGCUGAACAUCGCUGACCAUUACAUCUUCACUCCGUACGUCUACCCGGCCUCGUGGCCUGAGGAUGAAGCUCUGCGUCAGAUAAUCAGCCUGUGGGUGGUGACCAACCUGGGAGCACAGCUGAUUUACCUGGGCUUUGGUGCUCUUAACUUCUACUAUGUCUUUGACCAUAAGCUCAUGAAACGUCCACAGUUUAUUAAGAACCAGGUUAAAAAAGAAAUCCAACUAGGAACUGUCUCUAUCUUCUGGAUGAGCUUCCCCACAGUAGCCCUUUUCUUCUGGGAGGUCAGAGGACACAGCAAACUUUACAACAGCAUCAGCGAAUCUUCCCUGGGCUGGGCUGGAUUGUUCCUGAGCAUUGCUGGUUUCUUGUUCUUUACUGACAUGUGUAUCUACUGGAUACACCGGUGCAUGCACCAUAAGAGCAUUUACAAGCACUUACAUAAGCAGCACCACAUAUUCAAGAUCCCUACACCAUUUGCCAGCCAUGCCUUCCACCCACUUGACGGCUUUCUGCAGAGCUUACCCUACCACGUCUACCCUUUCAUCUUCCCCCUCCACAAGGUGGUCUACCUCUCACUCUUUGUCUUUGUCAACAUCUGGACCAUUUCCAUACAUGAUGGAGACUACCGCAUCCCCGGGCCUCUGAUAUGUUUGAUCAAUGGUGCUGCUCACCACACAGACCAUCACCUCUACUUCAACUACAACUAUGGACAAUACUUCACGCUCUGGGAUCGCCUCGGGGGCUCCUACCGACACCCCUCAGUCCUGCUGGGGAAGGGGUCACAUGACCAUGUCCGCAAGUUCACAGCAGAGGCCACACAGGCACAGUGA